AUGCUGCCAGUCGCGAUGCUGCUCGCCGUCGCCGCGACGGCGGCGGCGGCGGCGGACCCGGGGAAGAAGACGAUCAACGUCUUCUACCCGGCGAUCAAGGGCUACGAGGACUCGCGCAUCGGCCUCGACAUGCUCCUGACGUUCGUCGCUCCCUACGUCGAGAAGCGGGGCUACGCGCUCGCGUCCGUGCCCUACAACGCGCUCGACGAGCUCACGGACGAGCGGCCCUACGCCGCCGGCGACGUCGUCGUCUACGCCGUGCGCGCCGAGGUCGCGUCGCGGGCCAUCCCCGGCGGCGACUACGCCGUCAACAAGGGCUGCGCGUACACGUUCACCGAGGACGCGCUCCUCGCGGCGCCGAACGCGCUGACGCUCCUCGAGGAGACCAUCCCACUCACGCUGCUGGACGCGUCGGACUGGAACUGCCAGUCCAAGGUGCCGCGGACGAUCCACAACUCCAUCCGCACGAGUUCGGGCGCGAACGGCGUCAUGGACUUUUCGACGCUCAUGCCCUUUGGGGUCGAGUACGACUCGACGGAGUUUCUGACGGAGGUCGGCAAGGCGCGCGACGUCGGCGACCGGCGCUUCGCGUUCUCCAUCAGCGAGCACACGAGCUACCGGAAGCCGAGCCGCGUCGACCUGCUCGAGACCUUCUCGUCGAGCGCGGACCGCGUGUCCUCGGCGCUCCGGGGCCGCGAGUACAUCUUCGACCUCUUCAACGAGCUCUCGGACGAGCCGACGACGCACGACACGGUCUACGGGCUCGACUACAUGGAGAUGCUCGGCGAUUCGAUCUUCGUGCUGUGCCCCGCGGGCGACGAGUACAUCGCGGGCUGCGCGGUGGAGGCGCUCGAGUACGGCGCCGUGCCCAUCAUGGAGAACCCGCCGUCCUUCAAGGGCUGCAGCGACCCCGUGGGCUACUACGAGCGCCUGGGCCUCCGGCUCACGGUCAAGAGCUGGGGCGAGCUGCCGGGGCUGUUGGCGUACCACUUCGACCGCGACGACGCGGACGACCACCUCGCGCGGCUCCAGGCGGCCGUCGUCGCCUGGCACGACGCCUGGAAGGACGACGUCGCCGACCUCAUCGUGGCCUUUAAAGAGGACGCGGCGACGCGGACCGCGCGGAACGACUGCGCGCGCGUCGAGCUCUCGGACGCGCAAAAAGCCCAGAUCGACGCGGACUUUGACGCCUACUACGCCCAGGACCACUGGUACGACAACUUCCGCGACAGCGCCUGGGCGCCGGGCUCCUGGUGCAGCAAGUACGAGUCGAUCCAGCUCGGCCUCGACGACGACCUCCGCGACACGGGCUGCUUCGACAAGGCCUGCGCGCCCGUGUCCUACGCGGGCUUCGCCUGCGGCGGCGGCGACGCGGCGACGAACCUCGCCGCGGCGCCGGAGUGGCUCCUGCACGAGGACUGGGUCUGGUACGCGACGAAGGUGCUGCUGUGGGUGCUGCUCAUCUGCUGCGCGCGGCUCUUCGCCGUCGAGUUCGAGGCCUUCGAGCGCGUCGCGAAGCGCGUCGCGGCGGCGGCGAGCGGCGACGCCGACGCGGCGGGCGCGGCGGCGACGUUCCGGCAGGCCGCGGCGGAGGCGCUGCUCAUGGUCGCGACGGUCGCGAACCUGAUCGGCCUCACGUUCCUGAACAACUACGUCAUGUCCGAGACGCCCUACGCGGCGACGCUCACGACGCUCCAGAUGGCGGCGUCGACCGUCGUCGCCUGCUCCAUCAACGCCGCGCGCGGCAGGCGGCUCUUCGGGUCCGUGUCGCUGCGCCUCUGGGCGACGAAGGUCCUGCCCCUCGCGGCGCUCUUCGGGGUCUACCUCUUCACGUCGAAUCUCGUGUACCGCUACCUCGACGUGGGCUUCAUCCAGAUGCUCAAGCCCGUGAACGGCAUCAUGCUCUUCGUGCUCUCCUUCGGCCUCGGCAUCGACGGCCGCGCGAACGCCGCGAAGCUCCUCAACGCCUUCGUCAUCACGGGCGCCGUCACGGCCGUCGCCGUCGGCAAGGCGGAGAUCGACCCCGACGGCGUCACCUACGCGGGCCUGGCCAUCAUGGCCGUGUCGACGGUCACGGCGGCGCUCUACCAGACGGGCAUCCAGCUGCUCAUGCAGCGGCCCGGCGACGAGCGCAUCGACCCCGUGACCAUGCUCGCGGUCAUGGCGCCGACGACGACGCUGUUCCUGGCGACGUACGCGCUGGCGACGGAGUGGACGGACCCGGAGUUCGUCGCGAAUGCCUCCGGCGUGUCGCCGCUCGCCGUCGUCGCGGACGUCGCGCUGUCGGUGUGCCUGGACCUGAACAAAAACCUCAUCAUCGGCCUCCUCUCCGCCGUCGCCUACUGCCUCGUGGGCUACACCAAGGACGUGCUCAUCGUCGUCAUCGCCGCGACCGCGGGCCGGGAGGCCGUCGGCGCGACGCAGUGGGAGGCCUACGCGCUCCUCUGCCUCGGCCAGCUCGUCUGGACCGUCAAGAAGAUGGCCCAGCGCCUCGCCGCCGACGAGACGCUCCCCCUGAAGAAGGCGGGGCCCUACAAGGCGGCGAAGAUCGCCGACUCGCAGCCCCAACUCGGCGCGCUGAGCGACUGCAAGAUCGACCCCCAGAUCGCCGCGCUCUUCCCGAAGCGCCACGCGCCGGACCGCCAGGACUCCACGGACGGCGCGGCCGACGCGACGCUCGAGGACGACGCCGCGCUCUGGUCCUUCGUCGGCGAGGCGGGACCCAAAAAAUAG